AAUUGUAAUAUUACCUUUUGAUAAAGGAAUGAGAACCAUCGUCAUGAACAAAGCAGACUGUGUCAAAAAGGAACAGGAAUAACUAAACGAGGAAAGUGUGUACCUACCACUAGACCAGAACCCAAAUAAACAGAUGGAGAACCAAAUCCAAAGGAAACGUGAGUUUAAUAAGAACCGGCCAAAUCACAAAAGAAGAACAAUAGCAGAUGAAGCCAAACGGACCAAUCCUAUUAAGGUUUUACGGCUGACCCAAGAUCCACUACGACCAAUAGUUUUACUACCUGGAACACCUUAUUUCAACUCAUCGAAAGAAUUAUACAGAAAACUAAAGCAUCUCAUCAAUGGAAGUCAACACUCAGUUAGCUCAGCAACUGGUUUUCUAGACAAAAUAAAAGAUUUGAGGAUAGAUAGUGAUGAAAAGAUGAUAUCCUUCGAUGUGACUUUACUCCUCUUCAACCUACUCAUAUGUAGCCUAGGAGACGAUUCACAUUCUUCUGAAGAACGACCAAACCCUUUCUGGUUACACGAAGAUCGCGGUUCUGAACUGAAUGGAUUUUUUCGACCUAUGUCUCACGACCUAUUCGCAAUUCAGUUGGAAAAUUUACAAACAAACAAAAGGGAUACGUAUGAGAUCACCAGUAUCAGGACUGAUUGAUGAAGCAGUGAUGCAGCGGCUGGAAUCGGUAGUGAUCUCUCUUAUCAAACCAAAACUUUGGAUUCGUUCUGUUGACGACACACACUCGUUAUCCUCGAGGAAAAUGAAAUAGAGAACUCAUUCAAAUUAAUCAGCCGAACAUUUGGAGGAGUUCACUUUACAAAAGAGGAGGAUGCCAGCAACGAAACUUCUUUCUUAGAUAUCCUCAUCAGGAGACUACAUGAAGGGACUUUGCAAACUGAAGUGUACAGGGACAAUCAUCCUACAGUUUAUAAGAGAUGUUGUGUUCAAACACUGUUCGCAAGAGCCAAAACACUUAACAGUAGCUGAACCACUCCGGAAAGCGGAAGGAAAGUGUUUGUACGAAGUGUUUACAGCCAAUGUUUAUUCAAAGCUUGAUUAAUUUUUGUCAGCAGGACGGAAGGUUUGUAUUACCUCAAACUAAUAAACGCAGUAGUAUAUUUUAUAUCCAGGAAAUUUCAGAAGCAGUGGAUUGAUCGUUUCUUCUACUCGGGAUUGAAGUGUCACACAAACCAACGAAAUCACUAUGCGGCAUGUUAUCCAGGCUGAAGGACUAGUUGCCAAAAGAAGAUGC